AUGACCCUCGGGACAGCAACAACGGCUUUUCUUGUCUUGUGCUGCUUCUGCGCCUGCGCAGUCGGCGUCUUCAGUCCGGCCGGCUCGCCUUCCGUCACUGUCAACGCGGUGUGGUCCGAUCUCAACAUCACUAGGCUCUACCCCACCACCGCUGUGGCCGGUGCUGUCCUGUUCGAGUCCAACGAGAUGGGGCACCCCAAAGGUGUCUCGCCCGCCGUGGACCUCCGCUCCCAACGGCUCUUCGUGCCCCUCUAUGGCCCAUUCUCGGAAAGCAAGAUGAAGCUGGGCGUGUUUGAUUUGUCGGUUCCGGACAAGGUGACCGUGCUGAAGACCAUCCCCACGCCUGGUGACACUGUCUACUCCAUUCAGUAUGACUCCGUCGCGGACACCGUGUGGCUCGUUGUCUCUUUCGUCCGUGACCUUCGCAUAAUUUUCCUGGUGUCUGUCGACCUCGUCUCGGGCAACGUCAGCAACGUGACUCUGCCUACUGGCUACAAGCCCGCUUACCAGACGGGUCUGGGCUCGCCGUCCGUGAUUGAUGAGAAGAACCGUGAGCUGGUCCUGUCCGUGGAGCAGCCCCUCACUCCUGGGUCAUUCGACAACGUGUACUCCCUGCUCAGGUUCAACCUGGACACCCACCAAUUCACCAUCAUCACGUUCCCUGACUUGUGGCCCUGCGCCAUGGUCAAGGACCAGCUGAGCGGCACAGUGUACGCGCUCUUCCACCCGCGCGAUUACCGCCAGCAACAAUUCCUGUCGUUCGGCACGCUGGACACGACGUCGGGCGCGCUCGAGGUCCUCAACAAGUGGACCAACCCGACCCUCCUCUUCGUCAUCAACUCGCUCUGCGCACUCGACUCCGAGUCGGCCCAGUUCUACGCAGUGGUUGGUGAUGGUGCUGCUGGACGAGUGGCCCUGGUGACGGUGUCAGCCAAGUCUGGCGAGCUGGUGAACACGGCCUACUUCGAUCGUUGGGCCAGGACUGGCAUCCCGAAUAUAUUCGUCUACUGA